CGCCAUCUUUAAAAAUUUGGAAAAUUUACGUGGCAGAAGGAAAAGUGAUUUAAUUCUCCAAUUACAGAUACCUCGCAGCCAAAAUGGGUCUGUGUAAGUGUCCGAAGAAGAAAGUCACAAGUCUAUUUUGUUUUGAACAUAGAGUUAAUGUAUGUGAACACUGCCUUGUGUCGAAUCACCCGAAGUGCAUAGUUCAGUCAUAUUUGAACUGGCUCCAGGAUAGUGACUAUAGUCCAGUUUGUACAUUAUGUAAACAACAGCUGAGCAAUGAAGAGAUGGGCCAAUGUGUCAGACUUAUAUGUUAUGAUGUCCUACAUUGGAAAUGUAUUGAUAGAUACGCGAGACAGCUUCCGCCAAAUACUGCUCCUGCAGGCUACUGCUGUCCAAAUUGUAAAACCGGCAUCUUCCCACCACCAAAUAUGGUGUCUCCUGUAGCAGAUGCGCUGAAAUCGGUCUUGUCACAAGUCAACUGGGCCCGAGCUGGACUAGGCUUACCACUUAUUGAUGAACCCCCAGAACAACAAUCAGCCCCAGCGCCAUCUACAAAUGAUAGCCUGAUUAUCACAACCAGUCACAGUAGCGCCUCCUAUAGUACACAACAACAAUACAGUCCUCCAGCCCAGACCCAGUUCAACCCACCACCCCAAUAUAGCUCCAGUAGUGCCCCCUAUCUAGCCCAGAACACACCACACAUGACUGCCCAACACAGCAGUAUAAACAUAGGGGAUGUUGCCCCACAUGUAAGGGGAUCAGAUAAGCUAGGGCCCAGAAAAUUGUUUGAUUCCAACACUAGGGGAGAUGAGAUAUUGAAUAUGUCACAUGACCAUGACGAAGAUAAAUACAAGAGAAGAUCAGCAUUCCAAUGGUUUUCCAGAUGGUUCAGCUCUAGAACUGGAGGCAAGCAAAAACAAGACCCCAAUGCAUCAAUGAAGAGAAUUCUAGUGAUUUUAAUCUUAGCCGUCAUAGCCUUCUUCACUUUAGUUAUUAUAUUCACACGGGCGGGGCGUGCCUCUGCCGACAGGGACCCCCUUUUAGACCCAUUUGCUAAUCCAAAUAUUCGAGUGAACUCUGAAGAUUAGAAUUUGAGGGUUGUGGGGUAAUGUGCCGUAACUUGAACAUGGUUUUAUAUAUGAAGAUCCGGAGUAUGUUACUGCCAGAUAUUGAACAUGUUAGAAGUAGAACUUGAAACAUGUUGUUAAUGGAAUACGGAACAUGUCAAAGGCAGAACUUGGAACAUGUCAAAGGCAGAACUUGGAACAUGUCAAAGGUAGAACUUGGAACAUGUCAAAGGCAGAACUUGGAACAUGUCAAAGGCAGAACUUGAAACAUGUCAAAUGCAGAAGUUGGAACA